CUAGCUCUAUUCUUAAUUAAACCAUCAACUCUUCCGUAGAAAUCAAAGCUGAACAUAUGUCUCAUUCUUCCCCUCCUUCUUUUUCCCAAAUCGCUGUAAGCAAGUGUCGCCGACCAACCCACACAGUUUUAGGAAUCCAUAGCCUUGAUAACGCACGGAGUUAGCCGCACAGACUGUGACACAAGCACAUUCAUAUGGAAAUUUCCUGGCAAAUGAAUCUCAAUACGAGCAGAUUGAUGUCAACAGCAUCCAAAUUCGGGUUUGGGCAAGAGCCUUACAAGGUUCAAGCUAUAUCAUGUCGGGCUGGUAAUUCAGCCAUGCAGAGAGGAAAGACCAACUUAUAUAAAGUUCUUUCUCUUGAUUCUCAAAAUGUAAGUUUGCCUGAAAUAAAGAAGGCUUACAGAAGAUUGGUUCUUCAAUACCACCCUGAUGUUUGCUCUCCUUCAACCAAAGAAGAAUCCACAAAGCGAUUUCUUGAGCUUCAAAUGGCUUAUGAGACACUUUCGAAUCCAGAUUCUCGUAAAAUGCAUGAUUAUGAGCUGGGUUUGGUAGAUUCAAUAGGGAAUGCUGGUGGCAGUUGUACGGAGGAAUGGAGAUCACAUUUCCCUAGACAUGUUUGGGAAGAACAACUCCGUGGACUAAAGAGACGAUCUGAUGUUAGAAUGCAGAGGAUGAAGAAUAGGUCCAGGUAGAGCAAUGUACCUUCUGAAAAAUAUAAUUAAUUUUGAUCUACCUUUUGAAAUGUUGAUGAAUCCUUACAAAAUAAAAAAAAUGAUAUUCGACGUAACAAUAUCUUGUUAUUAAGGAAAGAUUUAUCCAAGAUUUUGAGCGUCCUCAAGCAAAGAAUAUAUGAUAUUCGGCUUUAUACAAGAGAAAUGCGCCAUUAAGCAAAGAAUAUUAACGCCAAAAAACAAUUGGGCAUAACAAAAAAUGAGCCCAGCUGAGGGUUGAUCCGUUCAUGCCGCUGGCUCGUGGAAACAGAGUGAAACACUCCUCGGGCCUCCCGCUGCUCGUGGCGUCAAGUGUCAUGCGUGUGAUGCACUCACAGUGUGUGCCGCUGCCAUCAUAAAUUUGUUUUGUAUUCACAGGUACCCUUGUAACUAAUUGGACACUCUGGAUUUUUAUCAUUUUAUGGCUUUCCUGAGGUUGACCUUGGGCUAUAU